GUGUCGGCGCCCGGAAGCUGUUCGGGGACCUUUCACGGAUCAUUUCCCGGAGCAGCUAGAGCUGAUCCCGGACCGGGAUGGGGUCGCUGGCGGAGCCGCAGUAUGUUCUGGCUGUGUGCGGGGAAUCCUAUGCUCCUGAUGUGAAACAAAGUUUUACACAAAUUCGAAUGAGGAGACUAGAGCUCGGAUCCAUGAGGUAAAUAAGGAUUCAAUGGGUAUUCUCAUAAUGGAAGGAUUUCUACGAUGCUGGAAAUGCCGAAGAUUUGUGCUGGAUGCUCAUAGUUUAUCCCCUUCUCAAUGGAUGCAGCCUUCAACAUUACAGAAUGCUGCUGAGGAAUCUGCUGGGCAAAACAGCUGCAUGGUUUGGCAUCUGAAUGUAGAGGCUCUUCCCUCCUGGAUAACAAAAGAAAUAGAGAAGUCAUGGUGGACAAUUGGGAAACUGAACUGCCUACAUUGUGGGGCCCGCCUAGGGGAUUUUAACUUUGUCAGCAAAGCAAAAUGCCCUUGUGGGCAAGCAGUGACUGUACAUAUUUGUAAGAGUCGUACUGACUAUGAAACACCAUGUUUAAUCAGAACAAUUGAGUCGGCAAAGGUGAAAUCUCUCCCGAAACUGCGACGCAUUUACAAGUUAGAAACUGUGGGAAAUGUGGAGCAUGGAACAGAAAACAUCAUGUCCAACAAAGUGUUUAAAGAUUUUUUACACUCUUCGAGAAAAAUGGAUGGUGAAAGAAUAACUGAAGCACUUUGCCUGGAGGCAAGAUCACGCAACCGAGAAAUGGUAGAAGUUGACAGCAAUGAAUUUAACUUCAAAGAAGCUUAUCCACAGCCAGGCUCUUCUGCUUCACAGCCUCUGAGAGCCAGAUGUGCAUUGAUUGGUUUUCAUAAAAAGUCUCUCAGUCUGGAUUUUAGCAGCACAAACUCAAAGGAUGAAUCUGUUAGUUUUUCUAGCAUGCAUGGAUUGUGUCCACGAUCAGCUUCCUGCGGAGUUAUAAUGCAUCAUCUAGGUGAGAUUACUGGUCCUAGACAGUUUCCGUUGAUAGAAGAUGUUAACCUGCAACAGUCUGCAUCUGCAGAGUCCAGCAGUUCUGCAUUUCAGAGUCAGUACAGUCGAGAGUCUGAUUUUAUGGCAUGUCCUCAAUCAUUCACUACCAGUCCUGUAGAAGCACAAGGAAGUUUGGAUCCUGGACCAUCUGUGCCAAGACAUUGCAGGAGCAAAUUUGCCAAUGCUACUUUUAGAGGUUGGUCGUCUGAUUCGAGUACUGAAGCAAGAAGCAUUGAGGAGUGGGAGGAAGGGCACGAUGGAAGCACAAGCAAUCCUUGCAAUGAAUCACCUCCAUAUGCUCCCAUAUUCUCUACUCUAAGUGGAAAAGCACUGAAUAAAAGGCAAAGAAAUAAACUUAAAAGUUUGAAAAAAAAACAACGGAGACGAGAGCGGUGGCAGAGCAAGUUGAAGGAACAGAAACAGACUUCUAGUUCAAAUCUGACCACUUCAGGCGAUGAAGAUGAAAUCAAGUGGGAGAAGGAAGGCUAUGUAUGUGCUGUUUGUCUGGAUAUUUUCUUCAGUCCACAUAUGUGUUAUCCAUGUCAUCACAUCUUUUGUGAGCCCUGUCUUCGGACUCUUGCAAAGGACAACCCCACCAAUACGCCAUGCCCCUUGUGUCGCACUGUCAUCUCAAGAGUUUUUUUUCAAACAGAGUUGAAUAACACCAUGAAAAGUUUAUUCUCUGAGGAGUAUUUAGCCCGAAGGCAAAACUUCCAAAAAGCAAGCUGUGCAAAGUGGCCGUUACCUAGCUGCAGGAGAUUGUUCAGAGUCUUGGGAGGUGUUGGAAGACAUUCAGAUGCUGUCACAAGAAGACAGUUCCCUCAUGGUGCCUACAGACUGGAUUUUGAAGAUGACAAUCGUGGCUGGAGAUUUGAUAUGGACAUGGUUAUCAUUUAUAUCUAUUCUGUCAAUUGGGUCAUUGGAUUCAUAAUUUUUUGCUUUCUCUGCUACUUUUUCUUUCCAUCUUUUUAAAUUGGUGUAUUAGUACCUUGGCAAUGCGAGGAUUGAGAAAAAAGUCGAAUCACAUAAUGCUGAUCAGUAGCAAGUUUUCAUUGAACAAAUUUUCUUAAGUAUUGCACAUUUUUAGUUGAAGACCCCUGGGGACACGAUAAGGGUAAAUAUAUUUGAAGGCAUAAAUUUGCAAUGUUCUUUCUAGUUGCAAUUACCUUCUGCGUUAUUAACCAAGACUGUUGAAAUCCAAACUGCCAUUAGUGGAGUCUGCAGAGUGCAGUUAAUACAAUUUACUCUAGGUUCAAUUGCCAUUAAACAUUAAACACGAUUUGUACUUAGUUCAAAAAUUUGAAUGUAACCAACUCAAAGUACGAUUAAUUUAUUCCAUAAAAAUAACUUAUGGCAUUUAUUUCCUCUGCCAAGAAGCUAUUGACUAAAGAUUAAUAUUACAAGUAACUGGAGGUACUGGAGAAUACAUUCUGUUAAAAACUAGAAUUGUAUUGCAGGUUUUAGACAAGUCACUUUCAUUUGUUUAAGCUCAUUUUUCAAAUGCAAACUUGAACAGAAUGUUAACAAUACAUUAGAUACCCAAAAGCAAAAAUAUCAGUGCAUUGAAACACUGAUUUAAAAUAAUUUCUCGCUUAAUCUUUCCUUGUUCCUAAUUUUAUUUAAAAUUGCUACCUUAAAUUAAACAUUAUCAUUUCCAUUUAAAUAAAGAUUAGUAAGAUAAUGGUGGAUAAUUUUUUUUAGUAAUGGUAACUGAUAGAAAUAUUAAAAUCACACUUGUUUUAACUUAAUAAUUAGUGUUUGCUAGUGUGGUGUAAUUUGAUCAGUAAAAAGAUCUUUAUUAUUGUACUUGACUCACAUAAAUGCUAGAUAACACUUCUUUACUUCCUUUUGAUUUUUCCAGUAACUAUAAUUAUUAAGAGGUCAAUGAUGGAUCCUUGACAAUUGAUGAAAACAUUGUCUCCACUAUUCCAACUUUAUACCAUUUGUAGCAAUGGAAUCUAUGAGAUCAAUUUUCAUGAAGGCCAGACAUGGGAUCAAUAGUCAUGCACAGGGAGACUGAUGAGAAACUGGAAUUCUGUUAUAAUUGGGUGUCAUUUGAAUCAGAUCUAAUAGCUACCAACAAUCACUGAUAGGUGACUUGCCUGUCUGAUGAGUGGGAAAUCAUUUUGGAUUACAAUACAAUUUAAUGAGGCUACACACUUCAAGUUCUCCUACAAAAUUAUCACUACUGAUUCUACUGCCACGAAUGAGAUGAACUAAAUAUACUUAUAGAUUCUUUUCUAACCCAUUACUGCUAUGUUCCUCUGCUAUAUAAUGGAUAAAUGGCACCCUAUGCCAACAAUUACUAAGAAAAAUUACAAGGGAUCAGGGUUAGGCUUUGAUUAAAAAUUGUCUUAAAAAGAGAAAAUGUGCUCUUGCUAUUGAAAACAUUUACGGUACUUACCUGACAAGUAGAAAAGUUGGAGUCAGAGGCCGUGUGCCAGAAAUGUUGUCCAGUAAUUUUAUAAGAAGACUCCACUGGAGGAAAAGCAGUGAAGUGUUUGAGCCUCACUGGACCUUCAAGAAAAGAUGUAAAUGCAGGGAGGGACUCUCUGCCUAAUAGUUUUGGGUAGUUCAUUCGAUAUUUGCCAUGUCAUGAUUCCAAUAGAAAUGACCUCAUGGUCUUCUUGCUUUUUAUGCUCAUUGGUUUUACAAGUUGUUGACACAUUUCUUUCAUUUCUUCUUGCUGACUUCAUUUUUUUUGUUAUUGUGUUUUGCCUUUUUUCUUUUUUUUGAAUUGUAAGACUUUUACUGGUUUUCAACCAUACCUUUUGGUAAAAUGGGCCUUCCGUUUAGAUUUCCCUUUGCUGUCAGCAAAUCGAGAAAGGAGUUUCAGGAGAAUGAUUAAAGCAGGGAUACCUGAGAUGGGUACAUCAACCAGUAUUAUCAAGUACAUGUGGAGACAGUAGCACAGUGCUAAUCUUACUACAUUAGUAACCCAGAGGCUCAGGCUAAUGCUUAUGGGGCAUUAUUCAUUUCUCACCAUGGCAGCUACUGAGAUUUAAAUUCAAUUAAUAAAAACAUUAAAUUUAAAAUUGGUAUCAGUAGUGAUGACUAUGAAAAUAUCAUCGAUUUUUGUAAAAACCCAUCUGGCUCACUAAUGUCAGUUAUGGGGGGAAAUGUGCCACAUGAUUCCAGAUCCACAGAAUUGCCCUCAAAGCCCAGCAAGCCAUUCCAUUCAAGAGCUGUUGGAGUAAGAUAUAAUACCAAUCUUUCCCACAAUGGGAUUGUGUAAUUUAGGUAGCAUCUUGUACAAACUAAUUUUGAGAUAUUAAAAGUUGAAAGAAGCAUAUGCAUAGAGACAGAUAUGCACAAUCCACAUAUGAAAUAUGAACAGGAAUAGAUCAUUUGGCCUCUCAAGCCUGCUGAGCUAUUCAAUAGGAUCAUGACUGAUCCGACAUUCCUCAUGUCCACUUUUCUA